AUGUACAUCCUCAGCUUUCUCGCUUGCGCAUCUGGGCUUUUGGGUACGGUAUCUGGCGACUUUGGCCUGACGACAUCAGACACCAGUUACACGAUCGACACCAAUGGCGGACUAGUAUUCGAAGUUAAUCGCACAAAUGGCGAUAUCACCAGUCUGCUCUAUAACGGUGUUCAGUUUCAAAGCACAAGCAAGAUGUCACAGAUCAACUCCGGUCUAGGAACUUCAACGGUCACAGCCGAUACUAUCAGCGGGCACGCCAAGAUCACCGUCAAGGCCGGCUCACAACCCUUGACACAUUAUUAUGUUGCUAAGCCAGGCGAUCCAACCAUCUACAUGGCGACUCAUAUCACGGGUGAGAUCACUCCUGGUGAGUUGCGCUGGCUUGCCCGGCUCCAGCGCAAACAGGUACCGACUGGAGUGCACGGCGACGUUGCCGAUCUCGACGGAUGCAUGUACACAUCUGACCGUUUCAUUGACGACCAGGUCCACGGCGUGACCGGCGAUAACGUCGGGGUGUGGAUGAUCAUGCCUGGCAAUGCCUACGAGCACUCUGCCGGCGGCCCUUUCAUGAGGGACAUCAAUUCGCAAAGCACCGGCGAUCAAGAGCUCUACUGGUACAUGAACAGCGGCCAUGUGAGGACCGAGCCUUGGCGAUUCGGGCUUCUUGGGCCCUACGCAAUGCGCUUCACCAGCACUCAGCCGCCGUCAGCGGACGUUGACAUGAGCUUCUUCGACUCGUUGAACAUAGACGGCUACGUGCCUGAUAACGGGCGUGGAAGUGUCUCAGGCACGGCAACGGGAAUGAAAGGCAGUACCGAAGCUGUGGUACACUGGUCCAACCAGAACGCGCAGUACUGGACAAAGGCCACCAGGGGAAAGUUUACCUCUCCACUGAUGAAACCCGGGACAUACACGACGAGGCUAUACCGGAACGAGUUUCCUGUCGCCAAUACCAGUGUGACGAUCACGGCAGGCGAAAAAGCCACGCAGGAUAUCGUGGCAACCGAGGCCGAGCCGUCAGUCAUUUGGCGGAUUGGCGAGUUUGAUGGGCAACCCUUUGAAUUGAAGAACGGCGAUAAGAUUCAAAGAAUGCACCCCUCGGAUGCUCGUAUGGAGAGUUGGGGAGGCGAUUUCACUGUUGGCUCAUACCAGAGCAAAGACUUUCCCAUGGCCUUGUUCUCCAAGAUUGGAGGUAAUGCCACCGUCAACUUCGACCUGGCCUCCGACCAACUAGAAGGCGUCGUUCUUCGUGUCGGAACAACGCUUUCAUUCAAAGGCGGCAGACCUAGAGUCAAGAUCAAUGAGUGGGAAGGAGCGGAUCCAGGGGCCCCGAUACUCAUCGACUCUCGCGGCGUAACCCGUGGUGCCUAUCGAGGAUUCGGCGACGUGUAUACUUGGGAAGUACCUGCGAGUGAGCUCAAGACGGGGCGAAACACACUUGUGAUUGGGGUGAUUGGGGAAGGAGAUGCUGACUUUCUGAGCGCCAACUACAUCAUCGAUGCUGUUGAGUUGCAGGGUAAAGGGGGGACCAAAAACGGCACCUCGUCAUAUACUUCUAGAUACCAGCGGCGCUUCCAACAUUACAAAUGA